AUGCGCUGGGGACCGGAGUGUUGCUGCACGGCAGAGCCGGAACCGCCUGUGGAGCCAAUCCAGACGAACUGUUUUUCGGAAGCCCCGGACGAAGAGGAGAAGGAAGAUACGGAAUGCUCAAGCAUUCACCUCUCGGCGCUUAAGAAGGAGCCCGAAAUUACCCUGAUCGCGGAGGAGGAGCUUGUUCGGGGCGUCUCUAUCCAUGCAACUUUGCACGGCGCUGGCUCCUUGUGGCGGAAGUCCCCCUGUGAUAUGAGUGAGGCCGAGAAAGUUGGGCUGUGGGAGAAAUCGAGGCGCGUCGACGAGUUCGACAUGUUCUUGUCGCACGCCUGGGCUUCUUCUGGCAAAGUCAAGUUUUUGACCUUGCUGUUGUUCACUGGUGGCGGGUAUUCUUUUCUUUUCUGGGCUGCUGCUAUGUUGAGCGCGAGCUGGCUAUACAUGCUCGAUGCGCUCCCAAUGCCAUUCGUCCUGCCUGUGGACAUGCCAGAGUUUUCUGGAGACUGCCCGGUCGGGGUGUGGAUGCUUAUCUUCGGCUUCAUUGCUCAGCUUGCUGGCUUGGCAUUGAGCCCUUAUCUGCCUCACAGACGGUGUGACUGCUUCCUGGACGUGGUGAGCAUUAACCAGCACGAUCCGGUGCAGAUGCAGCGGGGGAUCUAUGCCCUUGGGGGCUUUCUGAGCCGGUCCAAAGAGCUCCGGAUCUUGUGGAGUCCGCCGCUAUUCACCAGGCUUUGGUGCAUCUUUGAGCUGGCCGCAUACCGUGCCGCCAAUCCGUCCGGCGAGAUUCGCCUGAUGCCGCACUAUUUCGUGGUGGUGGCUUUUCUCGCGCUGUUUCUGGACUUGGUCUUGGCGAUGGCUCUAUUGGGCCUCCGGACAGUCGAGUCAGGCGAUGAAUCUUGGGCUCACUUCCUCUUCAUGUUCUUAAUCGUGCUUGGGGCUGUGCAUCUCGGCAGAAGGGUCAGCUUGCAAAAGCAACGGCUGAUCGAGCAGUUGGAAAGCUUCACGCUGGAUGGCGCGGGCUGCCGCUUAGAAAGUGACCGGGACUUCAUCUACGAGGCAGUGAAGCAGUGGUAUGGCGGCCUGGAUCAGUUCACCGACUUUGUCCGAGGCCCCUUGCGAGGACAGCUGCUCAGAUGCUGCUCGCAGAUCCCUGCAGAUUUGCUCUUGGUUAUGUCCUUGCCCCUCGUAGCCUACAAAGCGGAGUUUUUGCUCGCAAUGUGGAAGGGAGGCGUGCCAGGCAACAUCUUGAUGGCGUACUUUUGCAGUUCCAUCCUGGGCUUCGGGCUUUGGACGGCCUUCAUAACCAGCGUGGGGCUGUACACAGUGGACUUCUUCGCCAAGCCAACUCGUUCAGGACUUCUGCUGGACUUCUGCCAGUCCUUGGCCAUCGCUGCGUUGACGUCUGGGACUUAUUUCUCGGGCUAUGUGCUCGACAUGCAGGCGCGCCAGGGCCACGCGGAGAUGAUUGUUCUUUGGGUAACUUUAGCCUGCCUGAGCGUGGCGUGGUUUUGCUGGGCUGUGCGCGAUGGAUGGCUGAUAGCGCCAUUUAUCGGCCUUCCCUUCCAAUGCAAGCCGCCGACACCUGAAUGA